AUGACUUCUGAGCAGGAUUUCGACAAAAGUCUCGACAAAACCCCAGACGUGGGACUCUCAGUAUUCACUUCCGACCACGAGAAAAACCUCGAUGGUCCUUCCCCAUCUUUACACAAGGGUGGAGAACUCAAGAGAACAUUUUCAGUAUGGUCGACUCUCGGUAUCGGUUUCGGCUUGACUAACUCUUGGUUCGGUAUUUCCGCCUCGUUGAUCACAGGUAUCCAGUCUGGAGGUCCCUUGUUGAUCGUUUACGGAAUCAUCAUCAUCGCUUUCAUUUCCUACUGCAUCGGUAUCACCUUAUCUGAACUUUCUAGUGCUAUCCCUUCCGCUGGUGGCCAGUACGUGUGGACGCGAGUAUUGUCACCAAGAAAGUACUCCAGUUUUUUGGCUUACUUGUGUGGCUCGUUGGCAUGGGCCGGAUCUUUGUUCACUUCGGCCUCCAUGGCCUUGAGUAUUGCUCAGAUGCUCAUGGGUUUCUGGAACUUGUCUCAUCCAGAUCACGUAACCAAACCGUGGGAGCUCUUUGUAAUCUACCAGUUGAUCAACGUCUUCUUGGUGUUGUUCAACUGCUACGGUAAAUACUUGCCCUACAUCGCUAACUCCGCCUUGUAUACCUCUUUGUUUUCCUACGUGGUCAUUAGUAUCACCGUGUUGGUGUGUGCCAGAGGAAACUACAAUACCGCAAGCUUUGUUUUCAAAGAUUUCGAGAACAACACAGGCUGGAAGUCGGCCGGAAUCGCCUUCAUUGUUGGAUUGGUUAAUCCCAACUGGAGUUUCUCUUGUCUUGACUCUGCAUCUCACUUGGCUGAAGAAGUUCACGGAGCAGACAGAGUUAUCCCUAUUGCAAUUUUGGGUACUGUGACCAUUGGUUUGGUCACCGCAUUGUCUUACGCCAUUGCCAUGUUCUUCUGCGUCACCAACUUGGAUGCUAUUAUCAAUAGUGGUACUGGCUUGCCAAUCUUGGAUAUCUACUACCAAGCUUUGAAAAACAAGGCGGGAACACUCUGUUUGGGCUCUUUGCUUUUCCUCACCGCUUGCGGAUGCACCAUUUCGGCUCAUACUUGGCAGGCAAGAUUGUGCUGGUCUUUUAGCAGAGACAACGGCUUGCCAUUUUCCAAGUACUUGUCCAUUAUUGACCCUAACUUAGGUGUUCCAUUGAACGCACAUUUGUUCUCUUCCGCCAUUGUCGCUGUUUUGGGCUGCUUGUACUUGGCAUCCAGCACGGCUUUCAACUCCAUGGUAGUAGGCUGCAUUACUUUCUUGUUGUUGAGUUACUUGGUGCCCACUGGAUGUUUGCUCUACAGGGGCCGUAACAACAUUAAGCACGGAUGUUUCUGGUUGGGCAAGCUUGGACUUUUCGCCAACAUCAUGACCAUUUCCUGGGCCCUUUUCGCCUUAAUUUUCUUCUCAUUCCCUACAUUCAUGCCAGUUACUGCCGGCACCAUGAAUUAUGUUCCUGUGGUGUAUGCCAUCUACAUCUGUUGGGCACUCGGCUACUGGUUCUUCCCCAUCAAGAAGUACUCAUGCAGAGAGUACUUUGCUGGAGGUCUCGGAAACAACGAAGAGGAGGAGUUCCCCGAUGUUUGUUUGACAGACCUUUAG